AAUUUAAGUUUAAAAUAAUAGUAGACUUAUUAAACAUCCCGUGAAUUAUGACUUUAAUGUUAGAGUCAGUAUUGGCACCGAUUUUCCAGACAUACUGGUUGUGUCUCAUAGGACUCAUUGUGGCGGUGAUCGCCUAUUACUAUAUAUUAUACAUAUUAUCGAAGCCCAGGCUAACAGUGGCCGACCCGCAGCUCAUCAAACAGAUUCUGGUCAAAGAUUUCAAUAUAUUUCGUAACCGAUCCACAGCUCCCGGGGGUGACAGCCAGGCCAUGUCAAAGGCCAGGGAUGAGGACUGGAAGCGGGUUCGGGAUAUAGCGAGCCCUACCUUCACGUCCGGAAAGAUGAGGAAAAUGUAUGCUCUGAUCAACCAUUGCGGCCAAGAAUUCAUUGAUAGCUUGGAUAAGGAUGUGUCGAAUGGUAUGAAUGAAAUCGAGUUGAAGCGAGUGAUAAGCGCCUACACUAUGGAUGUGAUCGCCAGCUGUGCCUUCUCUACCAAAAUCAAUACAUACGCCGACCCUAACAACCCGUUCACCACAAAAGUGGCCAAUAUAUCCAAUGCUCCCAAUUGGAAAAGGUUGUUGCAACUGACCCUGCCCACAUUUAUUGUAUCCAGUAAUAUAUACCGUAAGCAUUUAAGCACCGGUGGCUCUGACGCCGCCUUUUUUAUGGAUUUCUCGCGAAGUCUUAUGAAGAAAAGGAGAGAUAAUAAGGAAAAACACAACGAUUUUCUGCAGCUAUUAAUGAAUUCGGAGAGAAGUGAUGGCGAUAUCCGAGGGGCCAGUGAUGCCAAUGAAGCACAUCAUGUGAAUGAGGGUAAGGAUGAGAUCACAGCCGACGCCGAAGCCUUCACAGGAGUGUUGGAGAAGAAGUUGACUGAAGAACAGAUUUUAAAUAAAUGUUUCAGUUUUUUUAUGGCCGGUUAU